CCAGGCUACAAUCCAUCGUUACAAUAGCAGAUAAGAAUGGGAGGGAAAAAUGAAUAAAACGGGAGCAAAGUCCAACCAAAGAAGCCGCAGUUUUUAGGCAAAACACAGGCGUGUGUUCGUUACACACCAGCGCGUGUAUCAGUGCAGGUUUCGCUUAAGCCGAUCAAGGUGGGAUUGAACUGAACGGGUUCCUCUUCUGCCAUAAUUCACACGUUAUCGUGACUACGGAGACCGAAAUCAAGGAUGUUGCGGUUGGCAUGCUCCACGGCCCUGCUCUUCGUUCUCAGGCUGCUCGUAGGCUUGUCCUGGUUUCAGGUUGUGCCAGCCAUUCUUAUUUUCUACCUGGGUUCUGGAGGAUGGAAGUCCCUCGAUGUGUUUGUGAAGACCAUAUACCGCGACUUGCAUGCAGCCAGUGUUUUGCUGAGAGUAAAACUGAAUGUCAAAAAGCAUCUACGUGAGCGUAACACAGUCCCCAGGCUUUUUGCCAAGUCUGUCCAGAAAUAUGGUGACAAGACGGCUCUGAUUUUCGAAGGGACAGGCGAGAAAUGGAGCUUCAAACAGUUAGAUGAUUACUCCAACCGUGUGGCUAACCUGCUUCUUCAGAGGGGCUUUAAGGAAGGUGAUGUGAUAGCUCUGUUCAUGGAGAACCGCUCGCAGUAUGUGGGUCUCUGGUUGGGCAUGGCAAAGAUUGGAGUGGAGGGGGCACUCAUCAACUUCAACUUGAGACUGGAGGCCCUGGUUCACUGUGUCAACAUCUCCAGUGCGAAAGCUGUGGUGUUCGGCAGUGAACUUACAGAUGCGCUGUGCGAGGUGCACAGCUCUAUGGGAAAGACUGUUAAGCUGUUCUGCUCUGGAGACUGGGAUCCCAAACGGGUUCCUGAAGGAACGGAGUGCCUGGAACCACUCCUUGAGGUGGCCCCUGCAAACCAGCCCAGGGAACCAGAUCGCAGCUUCACAGAUCGCCUUUUUUACAUUUACACAUCGGGAACCACUGGAAUGCCGAAAGCUGCCAUUGUAGUACACAGCCGGUAUUACCGCAUGGCUGCCCUGGUGUACUAUGGUUUCAGAAUGAAGUCUGAGGAUGUGCUUUAUGACUGCUUACCACUGUAUCACUCAGCAGGAAAUAUAGUGGGAGUCGGCCAGUGUCUGGUGCAUGGAAUGACUGUUGUCAUCAGGAAGAAGUUCAGUGCUUCAAAGUUCUGGGAUGACUGUACCAAAUACAACUGCACUAUCGUGCAGUACAUUGGUGAGAUAUGUCGCUAUCUGCUCAACCAGCCUAAGAAGGACACUGAUCGACAGCACAAAGUGCGCAUGGCCCUCGGUAAUGGCCUCCGCCAAUCCAUCUGGGAGGAGUUCACCAGCCGCUUCAAUGUACCACAGAUCGCAGAGUUCUAUGGUGCAACCGAGUGCAACUGUAGCCUGGGCAACUUCGACAACAAGACUGGAGCUUGUGGAUUCAAUAGCCGGAUUUUACCCUAUUUCUACCCCAUCCGCUUGGUGAAAGUGGACGAGGAGACCAUGGAGCUGAUCAGAGGACCUGAUGGAGUUUGUAUUCCAUGUGGCCCAGGUGAACCUGGUCAGUUGGUUGGCAGAAUCAUUCAGAACGACCCUCUUAGACGAUUCGACGGCUACGUCAACCAAUCAGCCACUAAUAAGAAGAUCGCCCAAGAUGUCUUCAAAAAGGGAGAUAGUGCCUACCUUUCAGGGGAUGUGUUGGUGAUGGAUGACUACGGCUACAUGUAUUUCAGAGAUCGUACCGGAGACACAUUCCGCUGGAAAGGAGAGAACGUCUCCACCACUGAGUUGGAGGGAACACUGAGCCGCUUGAUGGAUAUGAAAGAUGUAGUCGUGUAUGGAGUAGAGGUGCCAGGUGCUGAAGGUAAGGCAGGGAUGGCGGCCAUAGCAGAUCCAGAUCACAGCACAGACCUGGAGAUGUUCAGUCGAGAGCUGGAGAAGGCUCUGCCACCCUACGCUCGACCGGUGUUCCUGCGUUUCCUACCAGAAGUGAACAAAACAGGGACUUUUAAAUUCCAGAAGACGGACAUGCGGCGGGAGGGAUUCGACCCCAAUGUAGUCUCUGAUAAACUCUUCUUCCUGGACUGCACUAAGGGACGGUAUAUAGAGCUGAAUGCAGAGCUCCACUGCAACAUCGUCACAGGAAAGCAGAAAUUAUGAGACAACUGCCAACCUCUGCCCAUUCCCUCACCCUCCCUGAAAUUCCGCCUUCAACAGCCCUCAAACCCACCGCCAUCAAAAACCCGCCCCUCGUUACCUCAGCAAACACAGUGAGGGGCUGCAGGAAUACAUUCUGGUCAUGUUUCCAAGUUCCCAUUGGUUCAUUUGUACACCCAAGCAUCCCUUUUGUUGACAUCUCAUCCAAAUUUAGCAAACAAGAAUAUAAAAACAAUUUGCAAUGAAAAGACCAAACACAUAUCUGUCAGACGGUAAAGCGUUCCCUUAGCCUAAGCUGCACAAUGCUUGCCUAGCUACAAGAUUCAGGACUUGUGAUUGGCCCUCAUUUGUUUUGAUGGGUUUGACAUUGUGAAUGCACCCCUCAAGCCAUGACCAAAACCAUGUGAAUCCACAUGCUAUACAAGCCCAGCGCUGGCUGUGCACUUUUCUGCUGCCAUGUCUUGUUCAAUGCUAUUUAUUUAAAUGUAUAUCAUUCACCAAAUAUAUUUAAGUUGUAGAAAAGCUUCUCAUUUAUUUAUGCCAUGAUUCUGUUUGCUACAUUGAAGACAUCUUGUAUGAUUGCACCGUUACGGUAUCCAGCUUACCUCUUCAAAACUUAAGCCCUGAAACAUACUGUACAUUAACAUAUACACUUCUAUGGAAGUUCUGACUAUGGAAGUGUAGUGUUAUGAAAUGUAACUUGUAACACAAUGCAAGUAUGUGUUACAUUCUAGUUUAUUUUUAACCGUUUUUAAACUGAUAUUAGCGUCAGCGGGUUUUCCUUUUUAGGUUAACUACUAUUAUGUCAGACCAACAUUUUAAAGGCAGUGUUGUUGUGCAAGUUAGUUAGUUGAAUUGUGUUUCGCAAGUCACCUGAAUCAUAACCAGGGUUCGGUAAGUCCCUCAAAAAAUGUAAUCCACUUAAUACUAAUAACUUCUCUAAAAUUGUAAUCGGAUUACAUUACUAAUUUCUUACAGUGUUGGUUGUAAUCAAAUUACUAAUUAAUUAGUUAUUGUAAUCUAUUUACUUUUUAGUUAAAAAAGUAGUGCAAAGCUUGUAACUUGUAAUCUGAUUACAGUUACUGACUUUCAAAUAAUUUAAUUACUUGCAAGUACAUUAUGGGUUAUGCAUAUUUUUAAUUAUUUAUGUAGAAUGCAUGAAUUAUGGCCCCGUGAAGAGUCGUUGUAAUCGAGUGUAUGACUUGUGUGUAACAAUGAACAAGGAAGAAAUAUAGACAUUAUUUUGAAUUUGUUGAGUGGAAAAGAGUUUUAUAAAUUAACUUAAAGUAAUUAGUAAAGUAAUAUGAUUAAAAUUUUUGAUAAUAUAAUUAGUAAUUUGUAGUGGAUUACUAUUCUUAACUUACCCAACCCUGAUUAAUAGUUACUUUUAAUUUCUAAAACACGUUUUUUUUCUGCUCAAUGAAUUCAAAAUAAUGUCUAAUAUUUCCUCCUUUUUCAUUGUGACACUCCCAAAAAAAGAAUACACUCAGCACCACGUAUUUCUCCCUUACAAUGAUUGGAUAGGGGUCGCACACCUUUCAGCUGUGACAGCUUUGGGCAUCAAAAUGCAAACAGAUGUUCAUAUGGGCAUUAGUCAUGUUUAAAAUUAUUAAAAUCUACAUAAAUGUAAUUUUAGUAAUAUGUAACCAUGAAAUAUACUUAAAAGUAAUUUACCUUAUUGAAAUUCAGUAACUAAUCUGAUUACAAGAGUUUAAAAUGUAACUUAAACACUAUUUCUGGACUUAAGUAAUUCGAUUACAGUAACAAAUGAUUCAGUAUCAGAUUACACCUAAUAUGAUGCAUUAAGUUUAAUUGCGCAAACAUUUUAAGAUUACUCUAUCGCCCCUUAGUAUGCUGAGGUGUGUUACUGCCACAGUAACGCAUGAACUUGCAUAAAUAUGUUCAACGAGACCACAUGCUUCCAAUGCAUUGCCCAAGUAUUCGUGUCUUUGUGUACUUAAGUAAAUAUGUUUCGGGCCGUAGUGUGCACUGACAGCAUGAAAUCUUUGAUUUUCAACGAUGUCUAUUCGGAUCAACAGAGUGCAGGUGUGGCCUGGUGCAACAUUGUGCAGACUGGGCUUCAUGGGUUUGCUUAGUUUUGUUAGACGUGUUGACAGUUAUGUUUUGGACGAGGACAUCAUGGAUUCUCUAAGGACACUAUAGUGAACUUUGCAUGGAGGCUACUGGAAGUUGUGUAAUACUCUGGUGCUAAAGAAUGUGUCUCUUUUCCAUCUGCGUAGUGGGGGCCGACUUUGCUGGAUAAGCUUUAAACUGACCUCGCUCCUUGACUGGAAGAGAUCGGAAUCAGAGGAAAAUAAAGGGAAAGCGAUAUUUCUGUAAUUUAUACCAUUAGUUAGAGUUCUAGUUUUUCUUUCAGCGGCAUGAAUGAUCGACGCAAAUAGAGCACUGUGCCUUACUGUCAGGUCACCACGUAGUGUUAUUGCCCCUGUCCUGUAUCAUUACACUCGACUUACCCUGUACCUCAUUCUAUUAACUUAUCUAGUGCAUUCCAUGUUUCAUUCAAGGGAUCGUUCACUCAAAAAUGAAAAUUCUGUCUGAAGGGGAAGACUUUCAGUGAAUAGCGACUUAAAGUUCUAUCUGUCCCUCACACAAAUUCUGUCAAAAAGAAAGUCAUGGAUUUGAAAUUACACGAGGGUUUGCAAAUGAUGGCAUAAUUAAAAUGUUUGUUUGAACUUUUCCUUGAACAGCUUAAUUAUUCCGACGCUUGCUUAUACUGUCCUCCCUUGAAAGUUUGCCUAGUGUCUGUCACUAAGUCCUUAGGCGUCUUUUCCUUUCUGUGUGAAUUUUCGGUUUUGUUUGCCACUACAUACUAACAUACAGAUGAGGGAAAACAAUAAACCGUGUUGACAUUACAUGGGUGAAACUCACAAAGAAAUGUAGAGGUCAUAUUGCAACCCAAAAUCAAAUAUUAAGACAUUAUAUUGAACAUAUAAAUGAAGCCUAUUUUUUAGCACCUAGGCUAUUUAUUAUAACAAUUAAGCAUGUUUCCCCACUCAAAUGUUCAGUAAUGCAAAAAAUUACUCCGAUUCUCAUUACCGUAAUGUGAAAAAUUUCCUUUUCAUUACUGUAAUAUAAAAAAAACUCUUCUCAUUACCA